AUGCCCAUCAUUAAAAUUCACGCUCGUCAAAUCUUCGAUUCUCGUGGUAACCCUACAGUUGAAGUUGACCUUACGACUGAUAAAGGGGUUUUUCGCGCCGCCGUUCCCUCUGGUGCUUCUACUGGAGUUCAUGAAGCCUUAGAAUUACGUGAUGGCGUUAAGACCGACUACCUUGGGAAAGGUGUAUUGACCGCGGUUUCUAAUGUAAAUCAUAAGAUCGCACCUAAGCUUAUCGAAGCUAACUUGGAUGUUAAAGAUCAAUUUGCUGUUGAUGAAUUCCUUUUGAAUCUGGAUGGAACCAAGAAUAAAUCAAAUCUUGGUGCUAAUGCAAUUCUUGGUGUCUCGCUUGCCGUUGCCAGGGCUGGUGCUGCCGAAAAAGGAGUUCCUCUCUAUCAACAUAUCUCCGAAAUCGCUGGCAGCAAAAGUCCAUUUGUACUUCCUGUACCCGCAUUUAAUGUCAUCAACGGAGGUUCCCACGCUGGUAAUAAACUUGCCAUGCAAGAAUUCAUGAUCCUUCCGACUGGCGCAGGCUCCUUUAAAGAAGCCAUGAAGAUGGGUGCUGAGGUAUAUCAUACCUUGAAGUCCGUUAUCAAAAAGAAAUAUGGACAAGAUGCUGUUAAUGUAGGUGAUGAAGGCGGUUUUGCGCCUAACAUUCAAGACAACAAAGAGGGUCUCGAAUUGCUUAAGCAGGCGAUCGAAAGUGCCGGUUACACGGGAAAAGUGAAAAUCGGAAUGGACGUGGCCGCCUCCGAGUUUUAUAAAGACGGCUUAUACGAUCUCGACUUUAAAAAUCCAGAUUCUGAUAGGUCAAAAUGGAUUUCUGGUCAACAGCUCGCCGAAUUGUAUAACGAGUUCAUCAAUGAAUACCCGAUCGUUUCAAUCGAAGAUCCCUUUGAUCAAGAUGAUUGGGGUUCGUGGAGUCACCUAAAUUCCUUGAUUAGCAUUCAAAAUGUCGGAGACGAUUUGACCGUCACCAACCCUGAAAGGAUUAAGGUUGCUGUGGAAAAGAAGGCGUGUAAUGCGCUUUUGUUGAAAGUGAAUCAGAUUGGCACCGUGAGCGAAUCAAUCAAAUCGGCAAAAUUAUCGCAGGACAGCGGAUGGGGUGUGAUGGUAUCCCAUCGUUCUGGUGAGACUGAGGAUACUUUUAUUGCCGAUCUUGUAGUCGGUCUCCGCACCGGUCAAAUUAAGACGGGUGCGCCGUGUCGUUCCGAGCGUUUGGCGAAAUACAAUCAACUUCUACGUAUUGAGGAAGAAUUAGGCGAUCGCGCAAUUUAUGCCGGCGAGCGCUUUAGGCAUGCUCACAAUUUAUGA